CUCUGGAGGGGUGGUCCUGGGAUGGUCUUCAAGUAGACCUGGAGAUCUCUGGGGAGCAGUCAGCUUCUGAGGAAGAGGAGCUUCAUGUGUACGCAGCUUGCCAUAGCGCUCCUUGGAGCCAAGAGUUCAGGGACUACAUCAGGAAGAUGUGUACAGCCUCGAGGCCUGUAAUGGCUGUGGGUUUAACCAACUCCUCUGGUAGAGCAGAGGAGGCACCUAGGGUCAACCAAGAGAUACCAGUCUACCAUUGCUUUAUGGCGGCAAAUCCCUUAAUCGAGGACAUUACUCCAAUUUCUGUCCAUUAUAGACUAGGAUCUGUUCUUUUUGAGAAGGACACACCAAAGACCGACCAUGAUGAUGGAGACAAUGAGGUGGCUUCCUUUCGUUGUCAAUCUAUUGAAGGUGUCCACAAAACACCCCACAGCCUCUUCAGACAGCAGUCUGUUACUAGGGCAGACAGAGGGUCAAACCAAGAUCUGGAACGAUUGAGAAACAUCAGUUUCUUCUGUAAAGGGGUGGACCAAGACAUCGUCAGCUCCUACAGCUCCACCUCGCGGCACACGCAGGUGCCCAAACGUUGCCGUGCCGACGAUGAGAUCGGGGAGGAGAUUCGUCCCUGCUGCAAAAGGGGCUCAAACGUGCCCGAAGCUGACAGCUUGUUGUCAACCCUUCUCCACUCAGGGAAGGGUGAGCCCUCCGGAGCUCCAGCUCCGACCCCACGCAGAGGGAGCGGCUCCAUGGGAGGGCAGAUCAGCAGGCGCCUGAGCCCUCAGACUGAGGGGGCGAGAGGGAGCUGCUCAAGCCCCACACUGGGUCUUCAACAGGGUGUGUCGCGCAAAAGGAGCUGGAGGGAAACGAUGACUAGGAAGACUUCUGGCCCGCCCGGCAGUUCUGUAGGUCAAGUUCUGGAGCCGCCUGCUCGCAAGAGGAAGACUGUGAGGAAGGACACUUUUUGAAGAGGAUGGAGGGUGAUGCAGACCCCAGUGGAUAACCUCUUGAUCGAUGCAGAACCUAUUGAUCAAUUUCUAAUGUCUUAUCAACAUCAUAGUGUUUUGACAGUGUUUUUUUCUUUUAAAAAGUUUCAAAUAAAAAUACUUUGAUUCA